ACGGUUCGUCGGAGGAACCGAAGUCGUUAGUCGAUCCGUUUCCCUCUUGAUCCUCUGUUCCUCUUUAAAAGCACAGCAAUUAUGUCCCAUCAUCGACAUCCACGACAACCUUUGAUCUCUCCCUCCUCACUGACGCUGUCGGAUUCCUCAUUCCUCUUCCGCUUUCCCUCAGCAGCCGCUGCAUUUCUCGUCGGAAUCGCCAACCAUGUCGUCGCGUGAGGGAAGGGCACUGCCGAAGUUCGGGGAAUGGGACGUGAAUGACCCCGCAUCCGCGGAUGGGUUCACUGUCAUAUUCAAUAAGGCAAGAGACGAGAAGAAGAUGGGCAUCGCUUCCAGCAGCGUGAGGUCCCAGCAGACGUCAAACUGCUCCAAUGAGAAAGACAAGCACGAGUAUUCCCCUAAGAGAAAAUGGUUCUGCUGCGUCUCUGCUUGAUUGGGACUUUAUACAGCUUCAAAAUCUCAACAUCCAGGAAUCGCUUUGUCGGCUGUUAAUUUUGGCCUGAAUGACCACUAGAGUAGAGGGGGAAGGGAGAAAAAAUGUUCAUACGAGUAGCUGCCCUUGCUGUCUUCAUGCCCGUAUAUAUUGACGUUUUUUCUAGUCUUUUGGGAGCGCUGUGUAAAUAUAGACGAGUUUGAUGAUCUUUUCAAAGGCAAGAGUAAUACAACGGCUUUUUAUUAUUGCUGCCUUCAA